AUGCCAUUUCAUCCCCAUCACCUUGCAGGAUAGUUUUGUUUUCUCACCUCCUAUACUGACUGCUUUAUAGCCACCAGCGGCAUACAGCUCAAGUCCUCUCGCACCAGCCAACGGACUUCCCUUCACAUCCCAAUCGUCCCAAUCACCAUUUCUUGCUCCUUUGAUCUCAAGCUAUCGAGGUUUUUCUUCGAUAUUUUUGGGUCAUCUCACAGUGUCAGCGGCAAAGCCCUGAUUGAACUCUUCUAAACAAAUAUAAAAUACUUCCCCAGGUGGAAAGCCUCGAGAGCACAUUGACUUGGCGUCCAUCACUACGGCACCCAAUUCACCCAGUGAGACUUCAAGCCUACCGUCUUCUUGGCCUGCGCCGCCCGGAGUCCCCUGAAAAACUAAUAUGACACGGUGUUGAUUUGCCCCGAGAUUACCAAACAUCGCUGUAGCGCCCAUCGGCUUAUUGCGUAAUUAUUGGCUCAGCCCAUCUCACAAAACUUCAUGAAUUCUUUCUCCUACCUUCCUCCGCCUCCUCGUGAGCCCAACUUGGCUCUUUUUCAACCGUCGUCCUACCCUCCACCAUCGGCAUCUCCUUUUGGCAGACCCAACCUCCCACAUCAAACCUCGCUUCAUCAUCAACACAACAACAGCAAUGGCAGCUCUUACCAACCAGAUAACAGCCCAGUUAUAUUAGACGACUGGGAUCCCAAAUCACCUGUCUCCCAAUCUAGAACUUAUGUCUCACCCGAUCCACCUCCUAGGGAUGAGGAUGUCUUCCCACCACCUUACGAGCAUCACCAUUCAAACGUCAACCAACAUGAGCAAUCACAUUCACAAUCAUAUCCACCAAGACGGCCCAUUUCUGUUCCAGCAGCGUACUCGGCUUCCACAUCAUCGUCAUCUAUGCGCAAAGUGCUGUUCCCGCAUCAUCAUGGAUUAAUAGCGUCUUCUUCAAACAUGCCUGCAGGGAGUGAUGGUGUCAGAGAUGGAGGGUUGCAUAUUAGUAUAGGAAAAGGUGAUAUGACGCCUGAGAUGGACCCGUUUUACAAUCCUAUUAUGUCUCCGGUUCCUCAGCAAUCGUCGAAAAAGAAGAAGGCCAGGAAGACAGAGGGGAAACAACCGACUUUCUUGAUAAAGCUCUAUUCGUUACUGUCUCAACCCGAAUAUAGUCAUAUCAUCCGAUGGGACGAAACAGGUGAAUUAAUAAUCAUCGAAAAUCCUGAAGAGCUGGCAGACAAGAUCUUACCUGUGGUAUAUCGACAAAGCAGGUUCGCAAGCUUCUCACGACAACUCAAUAUUUACGGAUUCAACAGAAAGCUUAGCUUGAGGAAUGUCGAAAAAGGCAUCUGCGACCCCGAUGCCAGCAGUUGGUCUCAUCCCUUCCUUCGGCGAGAUUCGACCAAACAAGAGAUUACCUCUUUCAAACGUCGCGUUCCUCCUCGCCCCUCUCAAGCCCAAAAACGUCGCAUGUCGAUGGGCCUUGGCAUCGGCAUCAAGCCAUCUUACGCCGGCGCCUCCAACUGCGAAGAUCAAGCCUCACCCACAUCUUCCGAACGCUCGCUUGAUUGGCAAUCACCUCCAGACCCUUAUCGACAUCACCUCCUACCGGACGUUGACGAGGAAGCGCCGUUUGUAUUUCCAACAAGGGAUUACUUUGGUAUGGCCGGCCAUGCGCCUAUGGAGUACGAAGGAUGGAAACAUAAUGGUACAGCGGCAGGGAAUUUACAAGGUGCGGUAGGACAAGUGGAAGAGGGAUUUUCGCCUACGAUGUCAAUUCAUUUUGAUUAUGGGAUACCACCUGAUAGAAAUAGGUUGGAUGGGUGUAUGGCGUCGAGUCAAGUCCGGCAUGGAGGAAGCCCGAAAGGACUUGCGAUCAAUAUUCCCUGCUCAUCGCACCUUCCUAACCAUCACACUCAACAGCAGGUUCAACCAUCUCUCCCACUUUUAUGUCAACCAGCAUCUUUCUCUCUACUCACCCAGAAAUCACCAACAAAUAUUGUUCCACAGAGCGCACCAGCCAAUACAGGCUCGUUUCCCAUUCCUAUACAGGUGACGCAGCAGCACAUCCGUACUCGGAGCGUACAGGGUGAACCUCCAAGUGCUAUGUUGUUCUCCCCAUUCGGUGAAGAGUUGGGGGAAGUCCCUGGACCUGCUGGAUUUUCUCAGAGUCUCAAUGGUACAAGAGGUUACAGACGUCAAGCGGGAAAUAUGGGCCAGCCUGCUAUUCUGGCAGCACCGAUUCUUGAUCCUUCUGAUCCAUCUACCUGGGCUCGACGCGGGUUCAUAGACCUCACCACGGCAGGCGCUUCCAACCCGCUCCCAUUCAACCCAGUGCCAAUUUCUGCAAGCCACGCAACCUCGCCCCACUCUUUACCUACUAAUCUGAAUUCCUUGCACCAACAGCAGACUGCGUCACCCUCGGAAUUGAUGGGUCAGUCAAUGAGCGCUGCACUGAGCGAUGAUUCGCCAACAACGGUCUCGCCAGGGAUAUACCAAUUGGGCUUUUCAUUGCCUGCCUAUCCACCUUUGAAGAGACACAUCUCGUCGCUUAACCCACCUGUAAGCGCUCACCUCAACCCGACUGCAAACAUGACCUCUAACACUGGUCUCGCAAAGUCGCCUGACAUGGCUAACGGGAAUAAUGUCCGUCUUUCAGCUAUCAUCCAGACGAAACAAGAUCGACGGCAGUCAAUCAGUGCAAGCCCAUAUCCGCAUUCUGCGCAGUCUCCAAGGCAAAGGCCAGGGGUGCUUAAUGCGAGUGAUAACGUGGGUGGGAAUGGGUCUUGGACGGGGAUGAAUGGAGGUUCGUUGCGGAUGAUAGGAUGUUCGGGUCGGGGUAGUGAAGGAGGCAGUUCGGCAGUUGAUGUAGGUAAUGUUGACGGUGGUGAAAGGAAGCAGAAUGGGCAUUCGUCUUCUUGAGCUGGUGGAGGUUUUCAAUGGGUUGAUGGUUUGCGUACUGGUUGCGAGAAUCUUCCCGCUACUGUAUCCAUAUGUUUAUAUCCUCUUCGACUUUACAUUUCACAUUCCUUUUAUUACGAUUUCGAAUUAACAGCCAGAAAUAAUGUCGAUAGCCAAUUUAGUCAACGUUUGUCAGACAGGAAAGAUGGCCGCCCGUCACGAGACCCUCAGAGUUGUACAUUGUGUUAGAUCCCUCGUAUCUUAUUGCUUUGCGUAUGUUUGGUCCUUGUGAGGAAAGAGCUUUUCUCGUUGCCUAUGUGCUAUGCCCUAUGUUUGCUUAUAGAUAUGAACAACGUUCCC